AUGGUGAGACGGGCCACGGACUGGCCACUCUCCAAAGCGCCGUCAAGUGCAUCGCCCUACCGCAUUGGGGCGGCGCUGGGUGCCACUCUGGCCACACACCCGCAGUCACCAGAGCCGUUGUCCCUCGCCGCCACUUCGCCUGUCCCGCCGGCUGUGUCGCCCGUUACGGCCUCGCUCCCCGCCCAGGUACUGGGCUCGGCUAUGGCUGCCUCCCGCGGUCAGGGAAGUGUGACUGCGGGUGCGUUUUCUGCUAUGGCUUCGGCUAUCGAGCUCGAUCGCAAGGAGCAGACCAUCGCUGCCCUGAGAGCCCAGGUCGCCAAGUUGGAGGCCUACCAGGAUCGGGCCGAGCACCUGCAGCGGCGGAUGGAGUCGGUCGAGGCUGCAGCCCGCCAACGCGAGACAACCACUCUGGCUCGGAAUGCAGAGCUUGUGGCCAAGAUCCGCCACUACGAGGAGAACGAGGCCCGGAUUGAAGGCCAGCUCGCCUUCCUGGAGGAGGCCCGUAUUCGCGAGACACAGCGGUACCGCGCAGAGCUGGAUCGCCUCCAGGCUGGGCUGGACGACGCAAGAUCGAUUGCGGCGGCAGCCAAGGCUCGCGUGCCAGCCGAUGAGGCCAAGAUCCACGAGCUCAACACCCUGCUGGACCGCGCCAAGGAGCGUGAGGACGCCCACCUCCGCCACACCUCCAAGCUCCAGGACGAGGUUGCCCAGCUCCGCAAGACGCUUCGCGACCAUGACAGUGAUCUCGUUGCGCGUGCACGCGAGCUCCGCGACGAGCGUGAUGCCCACGAGCGGACACGCAAGGCGCUGGCAACGGCCGAAGAUGGGCUUGCCCGCUCGCAGUCGACCCACCAGCAGCUGGCCGCCGAACUCGGCGAGGCCAACGGCCGCAUCGACUCGCUCACUCAGCAGCGCGAUGCAGCCGCGGCUGCUGCAGCUGUCGUUCCCGAGCUCCGGGAAGCUGCCGCCCGUAUUCCGGUUCUUCUUGCCGACGUCGCUGCCGCCACCGCCCGCGCCGACGAAGCUCGCGCCGAGGCUGAGGCUCUCGAGGCACGGCUUGCCGCCACCAACUCGGAGCUGCAUGCUGCCCGCGACACCGCCGCUGCAGCACAGCACGAACUAGACACGUUCCAGAGCCGCUACGUCCGCCCGCUCUCGCCGUCGUCCGAGCUCUCCAAGCUCAAGGCAGCGCACGAGAACCUGGCGCUACAGGCAGCCGAGACGUCUGAGGCACUAGCUGCUGCGCAACGCAAGGUUGCCGAGACCGAAGACGACCUCGCGGCGGCAGCUGAUCUUCGAAGCGUCAUCGACGCCUCGCUAACCCGGGCACUCGCCAUUCUUCAAGACACUGUCGACGCAGGCAUCCGCGGCGACGAGGUGAGCAGCGAAGCCGGCAAGAGGCUGGAGGAUAUUGUCCGUGACGACGCGCUGCUUGGCCAAGUUGGUCCCAUGGUUUCUGGCCUGCACAACCGAAUCAGUGAUGUACUCGCCAAUCUGAGCUCGGUCCGAAAGGCCAACCACGGUCUCAAGCUCGAGGUCGAUACUCAGACUGCCGAGCAUCAGGCGACACGGCACAAGCUAGCCGAGACCGAAGCGGCCCUGGUCAAUGCCCAGACCGAGCUGGCCGAGGCCGGCGAGCUUGCCGAAGCUCGCCAUGCCCGCACAACCGCGCUUGAAUCGCAGCUUGCCGAGCUGGCCUCGGUCUCGGCUGCCGACUCGGGCCGCAAUGAGUCGCGGCUGCAAGCGCUGUUUGCGGUUGUCACCGCGCUGAGCAACGUGGCGUGCUUGGCGUCGACGCCGCUUGCCUCGGCGCCGGCCCAGCCGGAGUGGAACACCGUCGUUGCAUACCUCCAGGCUGCUCCGGCCCACCUUGGCCCGCAUCUGGAGGACUUGCGCGCUCGCCACGCGGCGGCCGAGCAGGCAGCUGCAGAUGCGCUGGCACAGGCUCGCACGGAGGCCAGUGUCGAGAUGGACAAGCAAACCGCGUCUCAGGCCGCCAUCCACGCUGCCGAAGUCGCGACGCUCAGGGAUCAGAUCCACGAUCUCCGCGAGGAGCUGGCCCGCCGCGAGGCCGACAUUGUGCGUGCCAACGCCUCGCGCGGCGUGGCCGAGCAGGCGGCUGAAGUUGCAGCGAGCGAGGCUGCUGUCGUCUCGUCGUCGCACGGAGCGGCUCUGAGGAUGGUUGAGCUGUUGGUGCGGGCGUAUCGGGCGAUGCGGCUGCGGAACAAGGAGCUCAUUGCUCAGAAGCGGUUCCUCAGUGCGCAAGCGAGAAAGCUUGGCGCUGUGACGAGCUCCAUUCACACGCUGCGGCUGGCUGUUGUUGGCCAGCUCACCGGUGAGACGCUCGAAGCGCCGAGUGGACGGCCACGGAUCUCGUUCCGAGGAGCGGUCAUUGCGGUCAUUGCCGGGCAUCGGUUGGCGCGGCUGGCGGUGGCAUUUGCCGCUCGUGGUGCGAGUGUUGAUGACAAUGGGCGGGCGGUGGUCGAGCUCGCGCCACCAGACCGGUCUCAUGAUCCCGAACGGGUGCCACUCCGACAGUUUAUGGCUGGGUUAGCAUCCGGCGAGAGGGAGGGCGCCGAGGGUGCAGGGCGUGAUCUAGUCAAGCUCCUCGGCUACUUUGAUGCCACGGGGGUCGACGAGGACCUGCACUUUUCGUCAAUGCUCCUUGCCGCGCUGGCGUCUGGCCAAGUUGGGCACGCAUGGUGGCGGGCCCAGAUCGGGGCGCGUUCGCAGGGCACCGUCUCGGACGUGGCGGCGGUCUUUGAGCGCGACGAGGGCCAACCGCUCCGGCUGGACCCGGUGGCUCCGCUCCGUGGGCUGGCCGUAGUCCGUAAGACUGUUCUCGACCUGGUGACUCGACUCCAAAUCGCCGAAUCGGACGCCGCCGAGCUUGCAGCCGAGUUUACUCGGCUCGAGUCUGUGGCUGCCGAGGCUUCCGAUGCCGCGACGAGGGCGACCAAUGCUGAAGCUACCGUGGCCGAGGCGCUGGACGUGGCACAGUUGCGGGUGCGGACCCUGGAGAGCCAACUCGAGGGUUGUGUGGCUGCUGGGGAGUUGAGCGACGCCCAGGCGCGCCUGGCUGAUGCGGAGCGGCGGGUAGUGGCGUUGGAGGACGAUGUGGCGCGGGCGGUGAGCGAGCGCGACGCGCGGGUGGCCGAGGCAGCCGAAGCGGUUGAGCUGGCUUCCAAGGCGCGGGCGCGGGCGCAAGAAGUGACUCGCGAGCACAUUCUCGUGCAAGAGCGAGCGGUAGCCUCCAAGGCUGAGGCGCGGCGGCUGGAGGCGGCACUCGACGAGGAGCGCGACCGGGUCCGGUCACUGACUCAGCAGUUGCACGAGGCGCAGGUCGUCAACACACGGGUCCAGUCGGAGCUUGUGGCGGCACAGGCGUCGGCCGAGUCUCAAGCGCAGCUUCACCAGCGAGUGGCCGACGAGCUCGACGCUGCCCGCGAACAAGUCCGCAAACUGGAAAGCGAGGCGGCGUCAACCAGUGCAUCGGCGUCGGUCCACUCUGCACAGAUGCUGCGGCUCAACACGCAGCUGGAAGAGACGCGGGCGGCGCUCGAGGCAGCGCGCUCGCGGGUCGGCGAGCUCGAACGCGAGGUGGCGCGGCAGGCUGCCAAGAGCAACGCGCUCGAGCAGUCGAUGGUCGUCUCGCGUGACCACAUGGCGGAUCUUCACCGCGAGGCCAUGGCGCGGCAGGCGCGGCUGGACGCGGCGUCGCGCGAAGCCGAGUCAUUCCGCGACUUUCGUGCCCGGCUGGCGGCGACGGCAGGCCGUGCGAGCGGGCCGGCGCCGGGUGUGGCGACCACUCGCCGCGGCGGGCUGGGCAGCGAACUCUCGCCGGGCGACCUUUCGUUCAACGCUUCGGGGCUGGACGGGGCGGCGCUGCGGAGCUACGUUGCAGAUCUUGAUGCACAGCUUGAGAACCGCGCGCUCCGGGGCUCGAACAUGCCGUCGCCGGUGCCUGUGGUGGCGUCGGAGCGGAUGCGGUGGCGCGGGCGGGAAGAGGGCAGUGUGCGGGCGGGCGACGAGUCGAUGAUGUCGACGUCGUCGGCGACUGCGCAGAUGCUGUCCGAGUCGCUGUCGUCUGCGCUGCGCAGCGCGGAUCGUAGAGACCGUGGCGCGAAGGCGUAG